AUGGCGGCUCUGCCGGAGGAACCAGCCGAGGCGGUCACGGUGAAGCCAGACCCCGACGCGGGAGCUCCGCCGCCGCCUCCUCCACCCCAGUCCCCGGCGGGCGCCGCUCCCGCUCCCGCUCCCCCCUCCGCCGCUGCUGCUCCCCUGGCGGAGGGGGAGGCUGCGGGGGGCGCCAACGAGUCGAAGCCCCCGGUGGUCCCCAGCGUUGCGCCGGCCGCCUCCCAGCUCCCCACCGACCGGCAGACGCUGCUGGCCGUGCUGCAGUUCCUGCGGCGGAGCAACCUCCGCGAGUCCGAGGAGAUCCUCCGCCGGGAAGCCCGGCUGCUCGCGGAUGAGGUCGCGGCGGACCCCAGCCUCUCGGCGCCCGGGGGGCAGGCGGCCCAUGGCGGGGAAGGGCAGGAGCCCGGCCUCGGCAUCGCCGGGCCCGGAGAAGCGCUGCUCAGCUCCGUCACCUUCGGGCAGCCGGGGGCCGCCGCCGCUCCUGCCGCCGUCACGGCCCCUCCUGCGGGGCCCUUGGGACCCUCCGGGAAAGUUGGUGUCCUCAUGGAAGAUCAACCAGAUGUGAGUGCAGUAUUGUCUGCCUACAACCAGCAGGGAGACCCAGCACUCUAUGAAGACUAUUACAGUGGACUGAAACACUUCAUUGAAUGUGCUCUGGACUGUCAUCGAGCUGAGCUAUCACAACUUUUUUAUCCUCUCUUCGUGCACAUGUAUUUGGAGCUAGUCUACAAUGGGCAUGAAAAUGAAGCAAAGUCCUUUUUUGAAAAGUUUCAUGGAGAUCAGGAGUGUUAUUACCAGGAUGACAUGCGUGUAUUAUCAAGUUUAACCAAAAAAGAGCACAUGAGAGGGAAUGAGACAAUGCUGGAUUUUCGAACGAGCAAGUUCGUGCUGCGCAUUUCCCGUGACUCUUACCAACUCCUGAAGAGACACCUUCAGGAAAAACAGAAUAAUCAGAUCUGGAAUAUUGUUCAAGAACAUCUUUACAUUGAUAUAUUUGAUGGAAUGCCUCGCAGUAAACAACAAAUUGAUGCUAUGGUAGGAAGUCUGGCUGGCGAGGCAAAACGGGAGGCAAACAAAGCAAAGGUCUUUUUUGGCUUAUUAAAAGAACCAGAAAUUGAAUUGCCUCUGGAUGAUGAAGAUGAAGAGGGGGAAAACGAGGAGGGUAAGCCGAAGAAGAAGAAGCCAAAAAAAGACAGCAUGGGAUCGAAAAGUAAAAAGCAAGAUCCAAAUGCUCCUCCUCAGAACAGAAUCCCCCUUCCUGAGCUAAAGGAUUCUGACAAGCUGGAUAAAAUAAUGAAUAUGAAGGAAGCCACAAAGCGUGUUCGUCUUGGCCCAGAUUGCUUGCCUUCUAUCUGUUUCUACACAUUCCUGAAUGCUUAUCAGGGCCUAACAGCAGUGGAUUUUACGGAUGACUCUAGCAUGAUUGUAGGAGGUUUUGCUGACUCCACUGUCAGAGUAUGGUCUGUGACACCCAAAAAACUACGUAGUGUAAAGGCGGCAGCAGAUCUCAGCCUGAUAGAUAAAGAAUCGGAUGAUGUUUUAGAAAGGAUCAUGGAUGAGAAAACAGCAAGUGAGUUGAAGAUUUUAUAUGGUCACAGUGGACCUGUCUAUGGUACCAGCUUCAGCCCUGAUAGGAACUAUUUGUUAUCCUCUUCAGAGGAUGGCACAAUCAGAUUGUGGAGUCUCCUAACCUUUUCUUGCCUGGUGGGAUACAAAGGACACAACUACCCUGUGUGGGACACACAGUUCUCACCCUAUGGAUAUUACUUCGUGUCGGGUGGUCAUGACAGGGUGGCUCGUUUGUGGGCUACAGAUCACUAUCAGCCUUUGCGAAUCUUUGCUGGCCAUCUUGCUGAUGUCACAUGUACACGUUUUCACCCAAACUCCAACUACGUUGCUACAGGCUCAGCAGAUAGGACAGUGCGGCUGUGGGAUGUUCUGAAUGGGAAUUGUGUGAGAAUCUUCACCGGACAUAAGGGACCAAUUCAUUCAUUAGCAUUUUCUCCUAAUGGAAAAUUCUUGGCAACUGGAGCUACAGAUGGAAGAGUGCUUCUCUGGGAUAUUGGCCAUGGUUUGAUGGUGGGGGAGUUAAAAGGACACACAGAUACAGUCUAUGCACUCCGGUUCAGUAGAGAUGGAGAACUUUUAGCAUCAGGUUCAAUGGAUAACACAGUGAAAUUGUGGGAUGCUGUGAAAGCCUUUGAAGACUUAGAAACAGAUGAUUUUACCACAGCCACUGGACAUAUAAACCUGCCGGAAAGCUCUCAGGACUUGUUGUUAGGUACCUACAUGUCCAAAUCAACCCCUGUCCUACAUCUCCAUUUCACCCGUAGAAAUCUGCUUCUUUCUGCUGGGGCAUACAGUCCCCAGUGAACUAUGAAACUUCAAGACUUGGUUGUGUAAGCCUUGUGAGUAAAGGCUGUAGAAUAAUUCGCAUUAUUUAAGACGGAUGAAC